CCCAGGCGGGCGCGCGCCUCGGGCCCCGCCCCUUCACGAGCGCCGAGAGAGAGAGAGAGAGGGAGAGGGAGAGGGAGGGCGGACAGACACAGACAUGGCGGCUCCGACCGACAUGAUGGGGACCGCCGAGGACCUCGCCGACAAGUUCCUGCGGGUUACGAAGCGUUUCCUGCCUCACGUUGCACACUUGUGUCUAAUCAGCACAUUCCUGGAAGAUGGGAUUCGCAUGUGGUUCCAGUGGAAUGAGCAGCGGGAAUAUAUCAACUCAAGCUGGCAUUGUGGGGCCUUCCUUGGCACUCUGUUUGUUUUGCUUAACAUGAUGGGGCAGCUUGUUGGUUGCAUCCUCGUACUGACCCGGAGGUUUGUGCCUUAUGCUUGUGGUGGUCUAUUUUUACUCAUUGUCAUGCAGACUCUUGCAUACAGUAUUCUCUGGGAUAUUCAUUUUCUUAUGAGGAAUCUUGCACUUGGAGGUGGCUUGCUGCUGCUGAUGGCCGAAUCUCGAUCUGAAGGGAAAACCAUGUUUGCAGGUGUGCCGACCAUGGGCACUAAUUCCCCGCGUCAGUACAUGCAACUGGGUGGUCGUGUCCUACUGGUCCUGAUGUUUAUGACUUUGUUGCACUUCUCUUUCAAUGCACUUAUGAUAUUUCAAGAUAUUGUUGGCACUACCUUGAUAAUCCUCGUGGCUGUUGGUUUCAAGACAAAGUUGGCUGCUCUCACACUGGUCAUUUGGCUCUUUGUGUUGAAUGUGAUUCAGAAUCCUUUCUGGAGCGUUUCAGCUUACGCCGUGCAUGACUUCUUAAAGUAUGACUUUUUCCAAACCAUGUCUGUAAUCGGAGGCCUUCUCUUAGUUGUAUCACUGGGGCCUGGUGGAGUCUCCAUGGACGAACAUAAAAAGAAGUGGUGAUUGGGGAUUGUGAGAAGGGGAAAAAUGUCAUUUUUUAAAUUGUUUCUACUACCGUAAAGUUUCUCUGUCUGAAGCUGGAUUUUAUUCCCUCAGGCUUCAAGUGAAACUUAAAAAUCACACAUCCAUUUUUCCUUCCCUUCCAGUGUUUUGGUAUUAAGCCAUGUCAAAAUCGGUGCCAAAAUUUACCAGGCAGUCAGUCCUGGUACAAUCUUUCUUCACAGAACAUUCAGUACCGGAGGAUGAUUGGCUGGGAGGUAUUUUCUGCCCUUUAAAUUUUUCAGAUAAUCUAACAAAUUCUAUGAGCAAGAUGACUUCAUGGGCAAUUAGACAAUUCUGUUAGGUUUAAUGGUAAAGAAUGGUCAUGGGAGGCACCGUGUCUCAAAUGCUUUAUCUAAACAAGUGGCUCACACACAUUCCUUAAACUCAGUCCUCCAUCUCAACUGGUUUCAUACGAAAACACCUGAUCAGUUUAUCUUGAAUAUCCUGCCAUUUAAAUGAAAUGAAUAUUCAGAAACUAUAAACCUUAAAACAUGAUACAGCUACCUGAUUACAAAUUGAAGUGCCUUGCACAGCAAUGCGUUAUUGUUUUGAAUUUCAACUUAGUUCUUUCACGAAGGCAACGCUGGGAAGAUAUCUGCUUUCCUUUCCUGGCCAGACUGAAGACCAAAUGUUUGUUUUAUUGUCUUUAAUUCAAUGUCUUUGGUAAGCCAGCACCCGAGGGAGGAAGAAAGGGUGGGCACAACCUAUACACUGUGACUGGCUGAACGAGCAGUCAAACAAUCAAUUGGAGCCAAACUCUGUGUAACUCGUAAACAAUCUUUUAACAGACACUGUACCUAAAAAGCUUCUUAUUGACAAUGUUUUGCUUGUCCUUUAUUAGCUCCUUGGCUAAAGCCAAGCUCUCUUUUCCAUGUGUUGGAGCACCAAUUAUAUUUAUUGGUCAUAUUUCAGAAGUCAUAUGUUUCAAUAUUAUUGCCAGUGCUAUCAGGCAACGAGCAAGUACCAUGGACUGGUGCAUUGCAGCAUUCCUCCUCUUCUCCCCCAUGUUGUUUUGGAGGUGCCUACAUUACGUUAGGUGUCAUUCCACGAUAGCACAAGAAGAUUGAACAAGAAGAAUACAAAUUAGAUGCACAUUGGGGGGAAUGUAACCAUGUUUUGACCAGUGAGGGGCAUGGCAGUAAUUAAAAUAUAUUGGUUCCUCAAUCUUUUCUGGUGACCACUCCCCCUGUUGCAGUGGCUUUCUGACUGGAGUUGCAUUGAGAAAGAUUCAGGGGGAGAGGACGAGGAGGCCGCAUCUUACACGUGCACAAAAUCAAAGAUGCGAGACGUGCAAAAAUUCAACGGUUUCACUCUCCGAAGCCUCUAAACAUUGCAGUACGACUGGUACACAAUUCGCCAAAACCAUUUUAUGCGGACACUUCACUGUUUUAUAAAUAGAUUUUAAUAUGUUUAGUAUGAAAGUGUCUGAAGAUUCUGCAACAAUAAGUGUAGGCAUUGCUGACUAUUGAAUGUCUUGACAUUGUGGCUGUAUUUACAAUUCUGCCGGAUGACAUUAAAUGCAUUGAAAAACU